AUGUCCCGAAUUUGGAUUGUACUCUUCCUUGGAGUGGUCUUGGCCCUUUGGCAAGAGACAGAGGCGAGAGGAGGUGGCGGUGGAGGAGGAGGACACGGUGGUGGCGGCCAUGCUGGAGGUUUUGGCGGCGGAGGUCGCGGAGGAGGAUUUGGCGGCAGAGGAGGUGGCUUUGGCGGCAGAGGAGGUGGCUUUGGCGGCAGAGGAGGAGGUUUUGGCAGAGGUCCUGGCUUUGGAGGCGGUCCCCGAGGAGGAGGUUUCCGAGGAGGACCACCACCCGGUGGCUUCAGAGGUCCACGUCCUUACGGGGGAUAUCGCUACGGUGGAUACGGUGGAGGAUUCGUUGGAGGCUAUGCCGGCUACGCUGGAGUGUAUCCUGUGCCAGUGCCCUAUCCCUACCCGGCGGGCUACAACCGCUGCUAUAGCUACUACUACAGUGCAUACUACCCCUGCUGA